UAGUCCUUUUGUCCGUUGAUUUGGAGCCAUGAAUGAAUGCCGCCCCCUCCCCUCUCUCUCUCUCUCUCUCUCCCUCUCUCUUUUGUGGCCAUGGCGGCCAUCUUCACACUUCCCUCUCCCUCUCUCCAUCCUCCAAAGUCCCACCAUAACCCUAACCCCAAUCGCAGCCCGCCAAUUCCCAAACCCCUCUGUUUCUCCACCUUCAAUUCCACCAGGCGCCACUUCAACCUCAGCUCUGCUUCCCUCUCUUUUCUUUACCUCGCCCCAAUUCCCGCAUCCUCCGCCGAGACUUCGCCUUCCAAGUCCAUUCUCUCCGGCGUUGCCAACACCAAGUCUUGGUUUCAGUUCUAUGGAGAUGGGUUCGCCAUUCGGGUCCCCCCUCAGUUCGAGGACAUCGCCGAGCCUGAGGAUUAUAACGCGGGGUUAUCUCUAUAUGGCGAUAAGGUUAAACCAAAGACCUUUGCAGCACGGUUUGCAUCUACUGAUGGAUCUGAAGUUGUAAGUGUUGUCGUUCGCCCAUCCAAUCAACUAAAGAUCACCUUCUUAGAGGCCAAAGAUAUUACAGAUUUUGGUUCACUGAAGGAGGCGGCAAAAAUAUUUGUUCCUGGUGGUGCAAAUCUAUACUCUGCUCGCACAAUAAAAAUCAAAGAAGAUGAAGGUUUCAGGAUCGGAAGCUCAAGAAGCUAUUCAAAUAUUAUUGGCAACGGUAAAGUUGCCGCCGCAGAUCAGACAUAUAUUCGUGUGCGCGCGCGCCUACACAAAAUGAAGGAUUUGAAUGCAUACCCAGUCAAGUAUCUGUGCAUUUUUAACUUUUCUCCUUUUGGAUGGUGGUCUCCUCCCUCAUAAUGAACAGAGUUGACGGCACCACACCAGGAAUCAAUUGGCAUGCAUGCUCAAAAGAAUCAGGCUUCUUUGUCAUCAGAGUCCCCUUCAACUACAGCAGUUUCUUCAGAAUCUGCCAGUUUAUCAAAGAAGGAAUCCAGGUAGAGGGCGCAAUUCUCGUUCCAACAACUCCUCGUGGCAUUGGCUCGGCACUUCUGGUCGGCUAUCAUGUCAGCAGAAAGCCCCCACUCUUGCAACUCCUCAUCCGAGUGAUUAAUCGCCAAGCUGUAUUCUCCUCCCAGCCCUAGUUGCAACACCCGAAACUCACAGUUCCCCAGGUUGUUUAGGUACUCGAAUUGCUCCACUGUCCACUUGAACCACUUCAUUAGGAAUACACGGGAGGCUAGCCCGUGGGAUACGAUUACCAGAUUUAGCUCAUCGGAUGACUCGCAGUGAAGCCUGUUCAUGUCUAUGUCCCUCCACAAAGAUUCCAGGAAACCUGCAACAAAUGUCGGAAUAUCACUCCUUGAUACUGGCCACUUGCAAACACCAUGAAUGGAGGAAAUGCUUUCGCACUUGCAUUCGGUAAUGAAAAAACAACCCAAAUAUUGAGUGUUUUAAAGUGCACAAGACUCCCCAUUUUACGAGAGUUGGAGAAGGAUUGUAUUUAUAUGCAAUCUUUUCCUUACUUUGCAAAGAGGUUAUUUGAGAGUUACUCAAACUAGUGUAAUCUGAGUCACCCCCCCCCCCCCCCCCCCCCCCCCAAAAAAAAAAGAGAGUUGAAAGCUUACAGGUUACUACCCAGUACCCAGGCUCACUAUUUAAAAAGAACUCAAUGAGAAAUAAAAUGAUUUUCUGGAUCUCCUGGCGUUAAGAG